AUGGCCUCUCACGCGCCAACGCCCACUGGCAUCGCACCACCCAUCAUGGUCACCGAGGCCACUGACAUCAACAUGCAAACACCUAUUAGUGUUACGGCCGUGAUAUCUGAGAAGAAAAGACGAGGGAGAAAGGGUCGAAAGCCCAACCCAGUCAACAUUUCCGGCCCAAACCCCAAGAAGAGCCUCCUACUCGACGAGCUAGGCGACGCUCUCGUCGAUCAACUCUACACAACACCCAAACUAGACGACCGACUCGGCGUCUCCAACGCCUCCGUCGUCGACCACCUCCGCAAAAACCUCACCACCUCCCUCAAAGCGCCCUCUUGCGCCAGCUCAAUUACAAGCAGCAGCCGGACCCUGACCGGCGUCGAAAGCUCCACACCACCCACAAGCCUCGACGAACGAGAUGCCCAAGAAACAACCCUCUCGUCGUCACGGACAGUGGCGAGCCACUCGUACCGCAGCAAUGCCUCACUCCGCACGAACCACACAAUCCCUGAACGAGGAAACGUCUUCUCGCUCACCGAUUUCUCCACAAUGACAGCCAUCCAGCGCCUAACAGCGCAAUACGGCCGCGUAGCACACAUGGGCAUCCUCGAUCACAGCUACCGCUUCUUUGUGAACAAGACACAAACCGCAGCAUUGUCAUUCAAAGUACAAAAUCGUAUCGCCAUCGUCGGCGGCGACCCCCUCUGCGAACAAUCCAUGAUCCCAACCCUUGUCGACGAAUUCAGCGCCUACCGCAAAAAAAGACGCUGGGGGCUUGCAUUUAUGGGCGCAAGCGCAUCAUUCGUGGCAUCGCACGCACAACCACGCAAUUGGACAACAAUCCGCUUCGGCACAGAACGAGUCCUAAAUCCACAAACAAACGAAGUCCUCCACGAAACAAGCGGGAAACGAAUCGCUGUACAGAAUCGCCAGCUCCUUCACCCGCAGAAAGGCGGGAUUACACUCGGCGUCUACGCCCCCUCCAUCCACGGCACAGACUCCCAACUCCAAUCAGACCUCAUAUCUCUCUACAACGACUGGCGUGCUGAACGAAAUGACUCCAACGGUCCCCAAGCCUUUAUCACCGUCUACGACCCCUUCGCACUCCCCUCGCUGAUGACAUUCGUAUACACCCGCUCCGCAACGGGAAUGAUAAACGGCUUUGCUGCACUGCGCAGACUGGGAUGCGGCGGAUACCAUAUUGAUCCAUGCAUCGCGUCUCCGGGUUCACCGAAGGGAAUAAGCGAUUUACUCAUCGUAUCCUGCAUGGCGCUGCUCCAUCGUGCAAACGUCUCAUAUUUGGGGUUCGGGUUCGAGCCCGUUCAUGCACUGUCAGCGGAAGACGUUACGGGAAUGUCUGGGACUGUGCUCACGAAUCUUACGCGCGAUAUGUACGGACAUACCUUCCAACGACUCCCGAUCCACGGGAAGAAGGCAUAUCAUGAUAAAUUCCGGCCGGACGAGGGACAGGACUCUGGACUCUACCUUGUUUUUCCGGGCGGUAUACCCAGUCCGCGCCAUUUUGUUGCUAUGAUUCAUAUGGCGAAUAUUAGUCUUCGGAAGAUUUUUUGGGCGGAUUUUAGGGAUUGGGUUUCGACGAGGAAGGGACGAGAUGCGAAGGUUAGACACAAGGCGUCUUCUUCCUCGUUGGCGGGUGACCAAUAG